AUGGACGCCUCCUCCCUCCGCAUCUCCAAGUUCGAUGGAACUAACUUCCACGCCUGGAAGUUCAAGAUGCAGAUGGUGCUGGAGGAACGGGACCUAUGGGAGGUCGUCAGCGGUGAGAUCAAGGCGGAACAGUGCGAGACUCAGUUGGACCAAGCGACGUACAAGAGGAAGUCAAGAAAGGCGAUGGCAGUGAUCUGUCUAGCCAUGGAAGAUUCCCAGCUACCGUUGGUCCGGUCGGCAAGUGGUGCAUGCGACGCAUGGUCAAGGUUGGAAGACCACUUCGAGAAGAAGAGUCUUGCCAACAAGCUGUUCUUGCGCCGUCGCUUCUUCACGACAAUGAUGGAAGAAGGCGACGAUGUGCUCGAACACAUCAACAAGCUCAAGACGCUGGCGGAACAGCUAGAAGCGGUGGGGGCUGCAGUCUGCGAGGACGAUCUGGUGAUCACACUCCUCGGCAGCCUGAGUGACUCGUAUCAAUUCUUGAUCACAGCUUUGGAGUCGCGCUCAGACACUCUUAGCUGGGAGCUCGUGACGUCUCGACUGCUUCAUGAAGAAAUGAAGCGGAAGGAGCAAGGAAGUAAAGGUGAUGAAGCUUCGCAAGGUCAAGCGUUCAUCACAAGGGACAAUCAGCGCAAAGGGCGACCAGUGAAGAAGUCCUGGCCGUGCCACAAUUGCGGAAAGAUUGGUCACUGGAUGGCGGAGUGCCCCUCGCGCAUCCAAGAAAACACGGAGAGACACCGGCCACAGCGUGCUCAAGACAGCGGCGACCGCUAUCGAUCACAACGUGCAAACGUCGCUCAAGAAGAAGACUCGGGCGACUACCUCUUUUCGAUCGGUGAAACGACAUCUGCGAAAUCGAGCGACAUCUGGCUGGUCGACUCCGGGGCGACGCAGCACAUGACGUGCUCCAAGAAGUUCAUGCGGAACUACAAGGGGUUUGACGCUGUGGAUGUCCAUCUCGCGGAUGAUGGAAUCGUCCAAGCAAUCGGCAGUGGGGACAUUGUCAUGUCGAUGAAGACACCCCAAGGGAUGAAGAAAGGUGUGCUCACAAACGUGUGGCACAUCCCAAAGUUAUCCAGAAACCUGUUCUCGGUCGGCCGCUUCACCAAGGAUGUCGGCCCAGUGACGUUCACGAAGGAUGGGUGCUAUGGAGAAGCGAAAGGGACCAAGUGGAAAAUUGGUGCCCGUGAAGGUAAAGGACUGUUCAAGCUGCAAAUGACUCCAGUGGCGCCGGAACAAGCAAAUGCAGCCAAGUCGCCGGGAUGUCAAGGGGGCACCAAGUCGUACCUCUGGCACCUUCGGCUUGGCCACAUAGGUCACGAUGGACUCAAUUGCAUCGUGACGAAGAACAUUGGAAUUGGCAUCGACAUAUCUUCGGUGAAGAAGUGGGACGUUUGUGAAGGUUGUGCUCUGGGAAAACAGACUCGAGUGCGCUUCCAAUCAAACACUACAGCUCGCACCUCCAAACUCCUCGAAGUGAUUCACAGCGACGUAUGCGGACCGAUGUCGAUGGCAACUUUCAGUGGAAAACGGUACUUCGUGACAUUCAUUGAUGACAAGUCAAGAUACUGUGUCGUCUAUCUGCUCAAGAGCAAAUCUGAAGUUGCGGCGAAGUUCAUGGAAUACGCUGCGAUGGCCGAAACGCAAACCGGAAAGCGCGUGAAGUACCUUCAAAGCGACAAUGGGGGUGAAUACAAGUCCGACAAGCUGGCACGAUUCUGCGCGGAACGGGGAAUACAACAAAGGUUCACACCCCCAUAUACUCCUCAGCUAAACGGAGUAGCUGAGAGAAUGAAUCGCACGCUGGUCGAGUGUGCGCGUUGCAUGAUGGAACACGCUGGACUGGGAAAGAGCUACUGGGGUGAAGCAGUGAUGACGGCGAUGUUUCUUCGAAACCGCUGUCCAACACGUGCCAUUCACCAAGACAAGUCUCCAUAUCAAGUGUGGACGAUGAAGAAACCGAUUCUGGCCAACCUUAAAGUGUUUGGAUGCCACGCGUAUGUUCAAGUGCCUCAAGACAAACGCGCGAAGUUCGACUCCAAGUCAUCACUCUGUCGUUUCCUGGGAUACGCCGAACACCAGAAGUCAUAUCGAUUUGAGGAAGUGUCAACAGGAGCGAUCAAGAUCAGUCGCGAUGCCACAUUCAUGGAAGACAAGUUUGAUGAAGGUCCGCGCAACUACAACGAUGAGUCAAGUGUCGUUGAGUUUGAUGAUCAUGAUGAGGACGAAGAAAAAGAAGAAGGUAAAACUGACGACGACAUGGACUCGAGCGACGAUGACAACGAAGACACCAGGUCUUCGAAGAGCAACAUCAAGAGACACACGCGCACUCAAUCACUUGAGAAAGCUACCGUCAUUCCAAGUCCCAAGCGAAGAACAUACAGAGGUCCGUCGCUUGAGCAUGUGUCAGCGGCUGCAAUGGAUUUUGAAGCAGCCUACAUCGUUGAUUCAGUGGGGAAACGCCGACUACAUUCAAGUCGGCGAUGGAAUCAAGCGACUCCGGCAAGUGGAAAGAAGCGUGUGACUCGGAGUUCGAUUCGCUUCAGAGAAACGACACGUGGGAAAUCGUGCCUCUUCCGAAAGGUCGCAAGGCCAUCGGGUGCCGAUGGGUUUUUCGUGUAA